CGGCACAUCCACUGCCUCUUAAAAGUGAGCUCAUCUGGCGCUGGGUUGCAUUGAAGUCCUCCACCGUGCCUGAAGGAAGAAUGCUUCUGGGCAGUGGGAACGUGGACAAGAUGUGGUCUGUCCAGCUGUGUCUUGGAGUGCUAACCAUCCUGACCAUGACUGUGUGUGUCCCAUCCACACAUGGAGAACCUUUUUUACUACAAGAGAACCGAGUGCUUCCAGAGAGAGAAGACACAAAUCAUGAGGACACACUGCUGAAUCUACUUCUUAAUAAGAAAUUUGCAUGGCGGAGGCCAGAAAAUAUUGACUGGGAGUUGGCAAAGAAAUUUGAAGAGCUUGAACAGCUGGAGAAGUUGAAGGAUCAGCUCUCAACUGAGGAAGGGUCAGAGGUGGCCUAUGCCUUGGAAAGUCUCUCAGCAUCCCAGCCCAAAAAACGCGCCUGCUUUUGGAAAUACUGCAUCUGAAGGCUCAUCAGGACUGGAGGAUGAAGAUGAGCCCUUUCCCAAACUGCCUUGCUGGGUAUUAAUGUGUUAAGAAUUCGUUCUGUUCUCUCAUCAUGCUGCUAAUUUGGAUGUCAUCCUCCAUGACCACACCACAGCCAAGUCUAACAGGGACUGUGACAGGAGCUGGUAGCCCACUGCCACUUUCUGCUGUUCCUUCCUUCCGGGUUUAACCUACCAUGGUCUUCUACUUGGAAGAUGCUUCCCAACUUUCUGUGCUGUCCUGUGUGUGCCAUUCAGGCUGUUGCCACUGUACACUCUCCCCUUCUCACCAGGUCCCCUGGGACACCAAGCACUAACUCAGCUUCCCUGGGCUUGGGCCUCUGCCCACCCCUGCAGAUGUUGCUCACAGUGGAGUCUGGGUUUCCUGUUGCCUCCUACAAACAGGUCUGUGGUGACCUAAUGGCUGCUGUUGGGACAGGAA